AUGUUGAAUGAGGAUGAAGUGGAGAUUCAACAUGCCCAUGUUAAUGAAGUAGAUGAUAAGGAUGAAGAAUUGUUUAAAACACCAAUAAAUGUGACCAAAGUUGGCGAACUAAGUAAUGGUGGAUUCAACGAUUGGCAUAAUUUGUAUCGAUCUAUUAAAAGUCAUGAAGGAAAUGAGGAGCAUUUACGUUACAUGACUAGCUGGAUUAAAUUGGAAAAUAGAGAACAUUGGAGACAUGUAUUAACAAGGAUAAUUGCUAUUGUGAAAAGACUUGCGAAAAACAUAUUGUCAUUUCGAGGAGAUGAUGAGAGGCUACAUGUUGAGAACAAUGGCCUAUUUUUACAAAUUGUGGAAAUGGUUAGUGAAUUUGAUCCAGUAAUGCAAGAGCACCUUCGGCGGGCUAAAGCAAGAGAGAUUCAACAUACAUAUAUUGGCAAAAAAAUUCAAAAUGAGUUGAUACAGUUGUUGGCUAAUGAGGUGAGAAGUUCAAUUGUAAAGAAAGUUAAACAUGCAAAAUAUUUCGCAGUUAUACUUGAUUGUACUCCAAAUGCAAGUCACGAGGAGCAAAUGUCUUUAAUUGUACGAUUUAUAGAUGAUUCGGCAAACUUACCUACAGUUGAAGAACAUUGGCUAAAAUUUUUGAAGGUAGAUGACACAACAGGACUUGGACAUGUAACCGAGCUUCAAAAGGCUUUGAUAAAAAUUGAUCUCGAUAUGGAUGACAUUAGAGGGCAAAGAUAUGACAACGAAUCUAACAUGAGCGGGAAGCACAAAGGCUGUAUCCUUCUUCGGAGUGAUACAACGCAUCUACACAUUUUUUCCUCUUCUACCAAGCGAUGGAAAAUUUUCAAAGAUAAUGUACAAGGGUUGACAGUGAAGCCAUUGUCACAAACACGUUGGGAAAGUCAUGUUGAAAGUGUGAAGCCUAUAAUGAAGCAAACUGCACAGAUAAGAGAUGCAUUACUUGAUUUGGUAGAAAGUAAUGAAAAUCCUAAAGUGAAGAAUGAAGCUGAGUCGUUAACAACACAUGAACUUCAAAAUUUUGAGUUUUUACUUAGCAUGAUAAUCUGGUACAGAUUGUUGCAUGCUGUCAAUAUUGUGAGUAAAUUUCUUCAAACCAAAUCCAUGGAUAUUGAUCAUGCUAUCGAUCUCUUGCAAGGACUUGUUUCAUUUCUUGAAUAA